CAAAAGUAAACCCAGGGUUUAGUUGGGUUUACUUUCUGUUAGGUUGUGUCUGAUCGGUACUGUAUAUAGGCAUUUGGAUUUAUAAUGAUCACUUCGCACAUAAAAGAUAAGACAGUGUCAUUCAAGGCAAUAAUCAGUGCUUAUUGUAUGCAAAAAUUUGUAGGGGAUGGUGGUAGCAAUUAGUCAAAUGUUAUUUGAUUUACCCGAGCAUGCAUAAUCUUGUUUCCAGCCGUGUCGUAUGUGUGGAUUUAAACCAAUCGGAUGUCUUGUUUCUGUCAUGUUCAAUUAAAGGAUGAUGAGGAGAAACCACGCUUAAUUUGAUCGGUGAUUUUUUUUUGUGUAUGUGUGCACUUUAUGGCAUGCUGGUCAUACUAUUUCUUCCCAGAGUUUGAUAAAAUAUUCUACUUUACCUACUGACACUUCUGACUAUUGUAGUCUUAUUGUAUGUCAGUGCGCUAACUCGUUUUAACUGGUAACGGCUAUGGAUUGAUUGGACGACUUGUAUUUUUCCAGUGGGUUUAAUUAGACAUUACUUCCACGCACGUUAAGAACUCUAGUGAUGAAACGUUAUUGAAUGUGAAAAAAGAACAUUAAACGGUAACCGAGGUUGUUAAAAGGAUGACAUUGUACAUGGGCGUAAGCUUUCAAAUAUUUUGAGGAACAUCUGAAAUAAACCUAUGAGAGCAUUUUUACAAAUGUUUCUGAAGUUUGCAUACACAAUUGAUGCAAGAAAAAUUGACUGAAUCUAUUCAAGCAAAUGAGAUGACCAUAAUGGCGUGUUUGCGAUGGGGACGACCAACUUUUACGUACAGCAUUAAAGCGUUUUUUUUUAUGCUUGGAAUUCUAUCAAGUGUAAAUUUUAUGAUGGUCAUCAUUUCAAAUACAUACCUCACACCAUUAUCGAACUCCCGUUCGAUGAACUUCUACUUGCAGUUUCAUCCACCUCCUCGUCAUUGCGGAGGUGAACAUUCUGUAUUCCUUUUAAUGGCUGUACCUAGUAGAGCAGGUAAUUUCAGAGAGAGGAUGGCUAUCAGGAAUUCAUGGGGUAGUGUUGUUAAACAGGAUACUUCUUUACGAUUGAUUUUCUUUGUCGGAAAAGAAGUUGACGAACUCGACCAAAAUAUAAAGGAAACGUUUGCCAUGGAGAAAGAAAAAUACAUGGACAUUGUUGAACUAAAUAUCAAGGAAAAAUAUAAAUAUCUAGUAAUAAAGAUAACUGCCUUGUUACAAUGGGUUUACGUCCAUUGUACCAACGCCGAAUAUAUUCUUAAAGUAGACGACGAUGUGUUUUUAAAUUCUUAUCUUCUAAUAAAUUAUCUUAAAAAAAUUAAUCCAGUUAAUUCGAUUAUUGGAUGUAAAAUAACAAACGCACCCGUAGUCAGAGAUAAGCUUUCAAAAUAUUUCAUCUCAAAAGAGGAAUACAAACCAGAUUAUUUCCCUCAUUACUUUGGCGGCCCAGCAUAUGUCAUAUCCGGUGAUAUCUUCGGCAAGCUUUACCUGGCAACGAGCGAAGUGCCAUCCAUAUUUAUUGAGGAUGUGUACAUAACUGGAAUGUGUAGGAAAUAUAUAAAUGCUCACGCAGUUGGACAUCCGGGCUUUAGCUGCAUUACCAGAAUUAAAGAACCGUGUGGGGGACACUUCAGGAACUUAAUAACAGGGCAUCCUUAUUCAGCGGGGGAAAUAGAACGCAUGUGGAUGCAAUUAAAUGAUAAUAUCACAUGCUGAAGUAGAAUAUCCUAAAAGUAGUAAGAUAAUGUUACAAGCAUGUGAUGACAUUGAAUUUUGAUCUGUAAAUAUCGAUAGAUUUGUUUGAUUGAAUAUAGAAUGUCAGAAUAUUGUAUUAUUUUCUACAUAAUUCCUUUUAAGCCAUGAAAUACGGGAAAAGAUUCAUCAAGUC